AUGUACACCGUCCAGGGCUACCUGAUCCCUCCCUCCCUGUCCGAGGAGCGGAGGCGCAACCUGUCCGACCCCGUCGAGAGCGACGAGUCCGACGUCGACGUCGACGACACCAUACUAGACCACGCCCCCAACUGGGUCAAUUCCACCGAGGCCGACAGCCGGGACGGGCUGAAGCAGAGAAAGCCCAACAAGGCGACAGCCCGGAGCGAGGGCAAGCUGGUGGACGUCGACAGCAGCAGCACACCGCCGGCGAACUUGGGCAGCCCGAACGAGGAGUGCAAGCUGGUGCUGGUUGUGAGAACGGAUUUGGGCAUGACAAAAGGCAAGAUCGCAGCUCAAGCUUCCCACGCCACCCUCGCAUGCUACAAGACCUUGUCGCGCAAGUCGCCUACGUCGCCCGAAGGCCAGCUACUGAAGCGCUGGGAGCGCAACGGCCAGGCCAAGAUCGCCGUCCAGGUCAAGUCGCAACAGGAGCUUCUGGAUCUCAUGGGCAAGGCCCGAAGUCUGGGGUUGACCGCCGAGGUGAUACAGGACGCUGGACGCACACAGAUCGAGGCUGGCAGCAUGACCGUCCUCGGUGUUGGCCCUGCACCUAAGAGCUUGAUCGACCAGGUCACAGGAGGCUUGAAGCUGUUGUAG